CCAAAGAGCCUUCUCCUUGCAGAUUCCUAGGCCCUGAGAUGAAAUGACUGCUCAACUGUUCGUGAAGUUUCCAGAAUCAUUGAUGUGCUUGGACUGUGGCCGAUGGCCCAGGGCACUGACCACGCGAGACGGACUCCAAGAAUUGCACAGCUGCCAGUGGCCUCCUGAGCAUCGAGGGGCAGCGCAUCUGCCUCCAGGAAUGUAGGGCUCAGAGACACGGGACCAGAAAUCCUCAGGGAGGCUGUGGCUUUGCUUCCAGAAGAUCCUGAGAGCUCCAGUGUCCACUUCUUGCCAUCCUUCUGUAUGAGUGGGAAACCAACCCAGGCCACCCUUGGGGGCAGGUCCUGGGACUUCUUGGAGCAGAUGAGCCUUUAUCCAUGCGACAGAACAGGAGGUACCUACUGACACCCAUGUCCUAGGAUAGACACAUCUGUAUGUGGGUGCGAGUUCCCCAGAUCUACAGCUGCAGUUCUCUUCCAACUGCACAUUCAAGACUGGAUGAAUUCCAAGUGGGGUCAGAGUCACUGUUUCCCCAGGCAACGAUUUCCCCCAAGUGGGGCUGGGGCUAUAAUGUAGAGUGGAGAAAGAAGAGGAAAAUCAGAGUCAAAGAAGAAAUUGGUAAGGGCUUGGCCUGGAGGUGCCCCGUUCUGUAGAUUCCUCUUCCACUAUCUACUCAUGGCUCUAAGCCUGUACCCAGGGGCACUGGCUUGAGCCUGAGUCCUGUGUGACUCAGGGCUGUGUGACCCUGGACAGGUCUGCCAGCUUCUCUGGUUCUCAGUGUCUCCACCCAGAAAGAAAACCAGGGAAUGGAUUCCAAUCCUGCGUCAGCCUGAGGGACCUGUGCUUUUCCUGACAUGCCGGGGAGUCAGGGCCAAGCUGGAAUUUAGCCUGUACCCCUUCUUGUUCCUUCUCUGCUGGGGCUUGGGGGUUCUUCCCUCAGGAGGCUCCCAUAGUGCUCUGAGGACCCUACUCCCUGUGUUUUUUAAAGCUACUUUGCAAUGCCUGCUUUACCACCACUUACAGAGCACCAGGUGCCUCACUUUCUCCUGCAAACUCAAGGCAAUUAUUUACACAGGGCACAUGUAAGGAACAGCUGGGCCUGUCCAAGCCACAGGAGUCCCUGCUCCACGGAGGAGGGCAAAGUCUGGGGAGAAGUUGGAAGUUUAUAAAAGAAUGAGUUACCCAUGUACGCAUCAAAGCACUCUUCCGCUAGAGGAAAACAAAGUGACACUUGUUCCCACAUUGCCUGGCCUGGCGGGAGGCCAGCGCUUCUCCUUACCCUUGCCUCUCACACCUACCUCGUCCCUCACCUCCACCCCUCAGCAGUUGCCCUGACUAGAUACCAGAGGGGCCAGACUGCUUCUGGUAGAAAAGGAAAGGAACAGCCAGGAAAUGAACUGGGGUCUGGGCAGGGUGGCAUUGAGUGGGCAGAGCCAAGGACAGAUAAAAAUGUAGCAUGGUCCUUUCACCUCCUCUGGGGAAACUAGAAUUCUUGUCCUUUGUGCCCUCCUCACUUCUCUGAGGUAACUCUGGCCACUGAAUGCCCAGGAUAUGAACCCUAGAAACACAUACCAUAGAAGUUCCAGUCUAGCCUUUACCUUCACCCCAACUUUGACCCUUAAUUCUAAGACAGAGGACACCCUAAACUCUGGACAGAAAUGGUUCUGAGAGUGACCAGUGAAGGCUGGGUCACCACAGGAAUCAGGAGAGAGUGGCCAGUGUCUACAGAGCUAUGACUAAGAAAGGGCUGAGGAUGUGGAAUCUGCCUUAGGGCCUGAGGUGCCAGGGCCCCUGCUUUUUCUAGACCAGCGGUUUUCGACCUUCCAAAUGCUGCAACCCUUUAAUACAGUUCCUCAUGUUUUGGCGACCCCCAACCACAACGUUAUUUUUGUUGCUACUUCAUAACUAAUUUUUCUACUUGUGAAUUAUAAUGUAAAUAUCUGAUACCCAGUCCUUGUGACCCACAGACUGAGAACCAGUGUUCUAGACUGUUUCCUUUCUCUGGAAGGAGGACAGCAUGAGAGAAUAGCUAGGGAUUAUGGUUAUUCUGGUCUUACUCGGAGUACACCCUGUGAGCUGCACCAAAAAGCCACUGAGCCAAAUAUCCGGAAGCAGCUGACUCCCUGAGGCUGUUCAUAUCUAAACCGCCAUCCCAGCCUGGGUCCAGCACUGUCAGCAUCCGACACGAGACUGGGCUUGGAGAACAUGACGCACAUUCUCAUUACAUAACACUAAGUUGCACCUAGCUUCUCCCUGGAGGCACUGGGUCACCUCCACCUAGAAUGUGACUUCAUCACUCAGCUGAGAGACGAUGAGCUUGCAUGCCUUCAGGCGGCAGAGGGGACCAACAACUCGUCCAUGGGAUGCCCUGGGACCUGGGAUGGGCUGCUGUGCUGGCCCCCAACUGGCUCUGGCCAGUGGGUCUCCCUCCCCUGCCCUGAAUUCUUCUCUCAUUUUGGCUCAGACCCAGGGGCUGUGAAAAGGGACUGCACCAUCACGGGUUGGUCUGAUCCCUUCCCACCAUAUCCCGUGGCCUGUCCUGUGCCCUUGGAACUGCUAACAGAGGAGAAGUCUUACUUCUCCACGGUGAAGAUCAUCUACACCACAGGCCACAGCAUCUCCAUUGUAGCCCUCUGCGUGGCUAUUGCCAUCCUGGUUGCUCUCAGGAGGCUCCACUGCCCCAGGAACUACAUCCACACGCAGCUGUUUGCUACUUUCAUCCUCAAGGCCAGUGCUGUGUUCCUGAAGGAUGCUGCUGUCUUCCAGGGUGAUAGCACGGACCACUGCAGCAUGUCCACUAUUCUGUGCAAGGUCUCUGUGGCCGUCUCACAUUUUGCCACCAUGACCAACUUCAGCUGGCUGCUGGCAGAAGCCGUCUACCUGAGCUGUCUGUUGGCCUCCACAUCUCCUAGGUCCAAACCAGCUUUCUGGUGGCUGGUUCUCGCUGGCUGGGGACUCCCUGUGCUAUGCACUGGUACGUGGGUGGGCUGCAAACUGGCUUUUGAGGACACUGCGUGCUGGGACCUAGACGACAGCUCCCCCUACUGGUGGAUCAUCAAAGGGCCCAUAGUCCUCUCUGUUGGGGUGAACUUUGGGCUGUUUCUCAAUAUAAUUUGCAUCCUGCUGAGGAAGCUGGGGCCUGCACAAGGCGGCUUACACACACGGGCUCAGUACUGGUACCAUUCAUGUGUGUGUGCAUGCACGUGUGGAGGUGCCAUGUGCGUGUGUGAGUUCAUGUGUGUGGCAUGUGUGUGUAGUAUAUAUCUGGGGAACCCACUUGGAAGGUACUUGGAGGGAAUGACAUUUGUUUUUGUCUUGUCCAGCAACUAUUUAUUACCCUGGUCCUGUCCUCUUCCUCAAGUUCCUAGAGAGAGAACAGAUCUGGGCCCUUCGUCCCAUGAGAUUACAGUACAGGAAAGUGGCACACGAAACUGCCAGUUACCAUGGCGAGUGGCUGACACAGGCUGUAUUUAUUUCUAUGAGGGCUGGAGGAGGAGGUUAUGUCUUAAAUGGGAGGAGAGAGCAGUUAGAGAAGGGUUCCUGGAAGAGUCAGACUUUAAAAGAUGUACAGAGACUCUGGGGUAGCCGGAAUAACUGCAUGGCCACAGUAGAGUGAUGGCCCUUAGUAAAGAAGCCCAGAGAUUUGUGUGGAGGACAGAGUCUCCAGGAGGGAUGGUGAUGGACAGCCUCAGAGUCUAGAAUUUGUCUUCCCCAAGGCGGCUUUCCAAAUCAACACUUCUCCUUAUCCCGCUGUUUGGAAUUCAUUACAUCAUCUUCAACUUCCUGCCUGACAGUGCUGGCCUUGGCAUCCGUCUACCCCUGGAGCUGGGACUGGGGUCCU